CCCACACUUUCUCUCGGACCAAUUUCGAAAACGUUUCUCUCUCGUAUUCGAUCCCUCGCUAUUUUUUCUCUGCUAAGAAUCUGACAAGAAAAUAAUAUAGUUUCUAAGAGCUGCAAAACCCUACUCUUCUUGGUGAAGCUCUUCUUCUUUUAAGAAUUAUUUUUCAGGAAAAUGAAAACAAUUGAAACCCCAUCAAGAGCUCUAUCUGAAAGUCCCUCUCUUUCUCAAGGAUCAUCUAAGAAGCGAGACCCUAGUACGAAACUCUCUAAAGAUGCCUCCAAAACUUCUCCAGCUAAAAGUACUAGAGAAAAUGGGACUAGGGUUUCUAUAAAUGGAAAGGAAGGUUUGGGCAGUAGUAAUUUUGAUGGUGGACUGGUUGGAACUGAAGUUUCAGUUGGAAGGGAGUUUGGGGGCCGAGAUACUGUUGAUUUGGGUGAUAAUAAAGGGGGUCUUGAGGAUUCUGAGAUAAAUGGAGCGUCUUCUUUGUUAAAAAUGCAUGAAAGUAGUAAGAGUUUGCGAAGUCUAGGCUCUGUUUUGGAUGUUAUAAAUAAGACAGAGAAAAGGGGUUUCGAAAGUGUUGACGGCAUUUCUCUCGUUGCAGAUAUAUGUGGGAAUGUUCAUCGAAGUGACAUGAAAGCAAAGAGGAAAUUUUGCAGGAGUGUGCAGGGGGAUUCAUUUUAUGCAAAUGAAAGGUGUCCAGAUGGGAAGCAUGAACAAUUGAGUGAUAGUAAGGAUCUGGAAGGGGAGGAUAAUAUGGGAGAUGAAGAGCAUGAAUUUAGGGUUGGUGAUUUUGUUUGGGCCAAGAUUAGAAGUCACCCUUGGUGGCCAGGGCGGAUUUAUGAUCCAUUGGAUGCAUCUGAUUGUGCAAAAAAAGUUAAACAGCGGGAUAAGAUUCUUGUGGCUUAUUUCGGAGAUGGUACAUUUGCAUGGUGCAAUCCAUCUCAGUUGAAGCCUUUAGAUGAUAAUUUUUUGGAGAUGUCAAAGCAGAGUAGCUCAAAGAACUUUUCUAAUGCGGUAGAGAAGGCUAUGGAUGAAGUUGGUAGACUUGUGGACUUGAAGAUGACUUGCUCUUGUGUGCCAAAGGAGAAUCUGAUUGGAUUUGGUAGAACAUUGGCUGUGAAUGCUGGAAUUAGGGAAGGACUUGUUGUGCCCGAAGGUGGAAUUGAUAAGUUUUCAACUGCUUUAUUUGAACCAGCAGAAUUUCUUACCGCAUUAAAAGUUACUGCACAGGUUGCUACUGUUACUAACAUGCUAGAGUUCGCAGUAUUAAAGCAUUUGUUAUCAGCUUUUUACCGUGCAAAAAGAGGCUACGGGUUGCCUUCUUAUUAUGAACCAAAGCCAAUUCCAGGCCUUGAUGAUGACACCAGAAAUUGGACAGUUGACUCAAGUAAUUGCAAUAGCGGAGUGGAAGGCAGAAUUCAAGGUCCAGUUGAAGAAGAUUGGCUUUCCUGGCCAAUAGACCUCAAUCAUGGCCAAACCGCUCAAAGCAUGUUGCACAAGUGCCAAGGGGUUUCACAGGAUGGACACUAUCAGAGAAGAAAGCAGAAAAGUCUUGCUGAAAUUAUGGAAGGGCACCUUGAUGCUGAGGCUGAGAAUAGGGAUGAUGUUUUGGCUGAAGAAGGAACAAAGGCAAGAAAAGCUGCGUCUUCAGCCAAGGGAAAGAAGAGGAAAUUAAUGGGAGAAGACAUGAAUGCUGAGGGUAAAAAUGGGAUGAUGGAUGAGACUAAAGUAGCAAGCUUGGACAAAGCUGCAUCUUCAUCUGGAAGGAAGAAGAAGAAGAAAGUAAGUGAUGAAACUGAUGUUGAUGGAAAAAAUGAGAUGGAAGAUGUGGUUAAAGGAGGAGAAAACUUGGGAAAACCUUCAUCUAUAGGAAAGAAGAGGAAAGGCAAUGGUGAGGCUGAUGUUAGUAGCAGCGGCAGCAGUGAUUUGUUUUCCAAACCAAGGACAAGGACAGAGAAGUUUGCUGAAUCUCUUGUAGCAGCAAACAACAAAGUCAGUAGUGUUGAAGUUGAUGGUAGCCAGGUGAAGAAGGAAAAUAUGAAGAGCCCUUUGUCAAGAGGAGGGAAGAAAAAGGGAAGUUCCAAUAUUGAAGAUGCUGAUGGUUGGGGCAAAAAUGAAGGAACGAGUGAGAACACUGUCUCUGCAGAAAAGAAGCUGGAUGGUCGCCCAGGUAAGAGUGAUAAGGCUUUAGAACGAAUUAAGGAAGAUUCUUUGCCAAGGGAAAGGAAAAGGAGCAAGUAUCUGUCCCCUCCGUACACAAAUCUUAAUAAAGCAGAAAGAAAGAAAGAGAUAGAGGAAGAACCUUUGAAGGUUUCCAAUGAGGCUCAAUUAGGUGAACGACUCAGUGGUGAGAGAUUUCAGAAGAAACCCUAUAAAGAACCUGGUUCUAAUAAUUCAGGUCCUCAAACACAGGGACAAGAUCAGAGCAAAAUUGAUCUGAUGAUAGUUAAGACACCUGCAAGUGAAGUUCUAUCUAAAAUAAGGUCUGCAGCUCUUAGUCCGCAGUAUCUGAAAGAAACCAGCUCACAUGAUAUGGUUGAGGAAUUUUUUUCUGCAUUCAGAAGUUCAAUAUAUAGCAAUGGGUCCGAUUAUGAAAUGCACAUAGAACAUCUUCCGGGUAGAAAGAAGAAGUCGCAAAAAUUUGAAACUGGGCAAAAUCAGUCUGACCACAGUUCACCUGAACUUAAAUCCCAUCGGACAAAAACCAAAAAGAGUGAAGAAGCCAAAUUGGAUAAGGUUAAAGGAAAACAAGCUGUCAGUGCACCAGAAAUGAAGACGAAGGAAAAGGAAUCUGAAGGGGCACCUUCAGGUGCUACACUUUUUGUGUCAUUUGGUCCAGGAUCUUCUUUGCCUUCAAAGAAUGAUCUUCUUAAAAUAUAUGGAAAAUUUGGGGCUUUAAACAAAGACGAAACUGAUAUGCUCUACACUAAUUACUGUGCAAGGGUUGUGUUCUUAAAGAGUACCGAGGCAGAAGAGGCAUUCAAUAAUUCUCAACUUUCCAGUCCCUUUGGAUCUGCUAGUGUGACUUUCCGGCUUCGCUAUCGCUUGGCUGAAACCAAGACUCAGGAACUGAAAGAGAGAUCUAGUUCAAAGCCUUCUUCUUUGGCUAAGGAGGGAACAACGACAGCAGACACGCCAUCUGCAUCACAAUCUUCUGGAAGUGAUGUGUCCCAACUGAACUACAUAAAACAGAAGCUUGAGAUGAUAAGAUCAUUGCUGGAGACAUCAGAGGGUAAAAUAUCCCAAGAUCUGAAAUCCAUUUUGGAAUGUGAAAUGAAAGUGCUCGUGGAGAAGGUAAGCACAAUGAUCAAUUCUUCAUCUUAGGGCUGCUUAUGAGAUUAGACAGUAAGCUCUACUUUUUUCCUUUUUUUUUUUUUUUAUUCAAUUUUCUUGUUGUGAUACACGAGAGUUAAUUAGUCAAUGUGCAGGUGUAGUAUAGUAUGUUGUUUUCUUCAGAGGUGGUCAUUCAUGUAGAAGCAUAUCUGAAUCAAAUAUGGGUGUUAUAUGAGUUAGCGUAGGAGUUCAUGUGAUACACAGAUGGUUGGUCUUGUUCUUAGUUCAGGUAACUAAUUGCAUGCCCUUACCGCCAUAGAUUUCUUCUACAUUUAGGAAUCAAUCAGUAAUAUAUAUAGUUUGUAUUGCAAUUUGCAACAGUUGGACUUACAUGCCAAUUUAUGAAAUAAAAUUUCAGUAUUAGAUAUC